UUGAGCUCGUUGAUAUCCUUUUGCCGUGUACAAAGUUUAUUUGCACGCGAAAUCGUAAUGUUUGUACGAUAUUUGUGGCUACAGUUAGCAUCGCGGUUUGCUUAUCAAUAAGAAUUUUUCACGAUAGAACCGAUAAGUGUAAAUCAUCGGCGUAUAAUUACGUAUUUUACCAUAGAAAGCGUGUUUGAAAUUACAGUUUUAACCUUGCAAAAAGGGCUUCGUGUUCGGCGGAACAUUGAUAGUCGACUAAUCGGAGACGCAAAAGUGAUUUAUUGGGGCUUAUUAAAAAGAUAAAUAUGAGUCCGUUAAAUCGAGGUCCUUUACUAGGACCUAGAAUUCUACCAGCUGGUAUACGGCCUCCUCCACCCCCGAGAUUUGGCGGCAGACUUCCUGGUGUACCUCCAAGAAUGCCACUGCUUCCCAUGAGUCCAGUUUUUGGCCCUAUGCGACAAAGAUUACCGCCUCCGCCACGACCAACUGGAGUAAACAGACCCAGCGGACCGAUGCCGUUGUUCGGACCAAGAGUCAGAGGCAUGGCUCCGAUAAUCCCUCCAAUGGGUCUACGUGGUGCAGGACCACGAGGACCACCUAUGAGACCAUGGUCCAGAAGAGGUUUACCGCCUCAAAUUUUACCCCAUAUGAGACCACGAUUCUCCAUAGGAAACGGCAAUGUUAAAGGGAAAGGAUCAAAUAAUUUGAAGAAAGUGAGCAAACUCGAAGAGUUAGAACUAAAGAAGCCAUGGAUGACAGAUGAAAUUCGUAGCGAGAUACAUAAGAAAAAUAAACUUUAUGCUAAAGCAAAAAAGAACAAAGAUGCAAAGGAGUGGGAAGAGUUUAAGGAUCUAAGGAAUAAAGUAACAAGGAUGAUCAGAGAUGCCAAAAAUGAUUAUCUUACAAAACACCCUGAACAGGCUCAUCUUUAUCCGAGCAAUGAAGAACCGUAUGAUCAAAGAGAUGAAUUUUAUGUCAGUUCAGAGGAUGAUGAGUCACACUAUUGCGAGAUAUGUGAUAGAGAUUUUCUAACAGAGGAUUCUCUGUCGGAACAUAAAAAGGAACAUAAACCCUGUGGUAUCGAUGGAUGUACAUUUUCUGCUCAUCCAUUGCUUAUCGAGAAACAUAUUGCUAUGCAGCACAGUAGUGGAUUGUAUCAUAAAAUAAAAAAUGUGUCGACCCCGGAAGAUAUUGAAAAGUGGCUGACGGAGCGAAAAAAAAGGUAUCCUACAAAAGCUAAUAUUGAUAUACGAAAGGCGGAAGCAGUGGAGAAAAUACAAAGAGGAGAAAUAAUUAAACAAAAACAAGACGUUAUGAAGCGAAGGAAAAAGAAAGUGUUACGUCAUAAUCGAAAACGAACAACGCAAAAUCGACCUACGCAAACAUUUUGCGAUAAUGUAAAACAAAAGAAAGCAUAUAGAGGUGUACAUGAAUUUCCUGGAACUUUAAAUUUACGGGAAGCAGAUUUACAAAAGGAAGAUCAAUGUGAUAAUGAAAUUAUCGAAAAUGCAAAUGCAGAUGCAAAUGCGGAAAAUAUUAAUUUUAUUUCUGACGAAGAAGAGGUAUCAGUUACAUUGGCAAAACCAGUAAUUACUACUACCUCUUGCAUACCGAGUUUAGUAGCAAAUUACGGAAGUUCCUCCGAAGAAAGCGAAAGUCCAGAAGAAGUACCAAUUAAAAAAAUAAAAACACAUGAUGAUGAAAGGAUAAAGGAGAAUUCUAUUAGAACAGAGGAUAUAAAACCUAAAAAUGCAGUUGUAAAUUCGAGAACAAAUGAACACGAAUGUUCGAGUUUACAAUUGCCAGCAAGUUUAGUUUCUGAAAAUAUAAACUCUAAAUGUAAAAAUAAACAGAGUCUAGAGUUAAAUCGACAUUUAAAAGAUAAAAGACAAAAGCAAACUGUAAAUAAGAAACAACCGUACACGUCACAAUUAUUAGAAAAAUUACUAUCACGGUCUAUUCAACACGAAAGAAAUUUAAUUUGUCAAUGUGUAAAAUAUAUAGUAGAUAAUAAUUUUUUUGAUCAAUGAUAAUC